AUGACGACUUGCAAAGGCCUCCCCGUCGAUGACAAUGGAAAUCCCGGUGACCCCUUAUCGACCAAAAGCCGGGUGCUCGAGACUGGCGCACGGAUGGUCCAGGAUUUCACCCCGGUUAAGCAGAUCUGCGCUCAUUUGAAUGCGUUCCAUGUCUAUGCGUCUGAUCCCACGCGAUGUGUCGAGGCGAAUCACUACUGUGCGCAUGUCACGGAGGACGUCAGGCAAUGUCUGCUCUACGAAUCGAAUAAACCCAACGCCAAACUCAUCGGUAUCGAAUACAUGAUCACCCCGCGGUUAUUCAAAACCCUCCCCGCGGAGGAAAAGAAACUCUGGCACACGCACGAAUACGAAGUCAAAAGCGGGAUGCUCAUCAUGCCCUCCCCAGCCGGAGUACCCAAUGCCGCAUGGGAAGCGGCCGAAACGGCAGAGAUGGAGGACGUCAUCCCGCUGUACGGUAAGAUAUACCACCUCUGGCAGGUGGACCGGGGUCAUCCGGUGCCGAUGGGGCCGCCGCAGUUGAUGGCCAGUUUUACGUCGGAGGACAGGGUAAAGUUGGCGAAUCCGGAGGGAUUAAAAGGAUUGGUGAAGGAGAGAGACGAGAGGUUUGGAGUUGAUGUUUCGGUCAAGGCGCAGAAGAGGGCGUAUAUACCGUCCCCUGAGAAGGAUCCUGACGCGGAUGGUAUGUGGCGGUAG